UGGUUCCCAGAUGCCCGGUUUGGGUGUGUCCCUGGUGUGGUUAAAACCCGAGUUGGAUUCACUGGUGGUUCAACAAAGGGUGCAACAUACCGAAACAUAGGUGAUCACACUGAAACUGUCGCCUUGGACUUUGAUCCAAAUAAGAUCAGCUUUGGUGAGUUACUGGAGAUGUUCUGGACAAAUCACAGCCCUUUUUCAAAGAGUAGUAACCAAUACAUGUCUGCCAUCUUUUAUCAUAGCACAAAACAGAAGAUGGUGGCAGAAGAAUCGAGGGACAAAUUCCAAAAGGAAAUGACAAGACCCAUAGCAACGAAAAUCCUUCCUGCUGGUGAAUUCUACAAUGCUGAAGAUUACCACCAGAAGUACAUGCUGAGGCAGCACAAAGAUUUUCUAAACAAACUGAAUCUCUCUGAUGAAGACAUUGUUACUUCUCAUGUGGCUGCCAGGCUCAAUGGCUAUGUGGGGGGCUUUGGUUCCUUAGAGCAGUUUGAUCAGGAGUGUGAUUUGUUUGGCUUAUCAGAACAUCAACAAUCAUUUGUAAGAAAACAAAUCCAGAAGAGACAGAAGAAUUAAGCAAUGAAGUGGUAUUCCAGUACCAGGAUGCAUGCUGAGAUCGGACAUACUGAUUAUACAGUAUUCCAGUACCAGGAUGUAUGCUGAGAUCGGACAUACUGAUUAUAAAGUAUUCCAGUACCAGGACGUAUGCUGAGAUCGGACAUACUGAUUAUACAGUAAUAUCAACUUAGUUACCAUGGUUCCAAACCUCACCUUUGGGCUCAAACCCCACUUUUGGGCUCAAACCUCACUUUAGGGCUCCCAUGGCCUGGUGUUUAUAGGAUUGUUACACAUAUUAUAGUACUACUGUUUUACAACCAGGCUCUCCACUCUUCUCUUCUCUAAAUACCAGUAUAAUAUCCACUGUAUCUUGUUUUAUAUUAUUCUACCGCUGGUACCAAUUCUGACAAUGGCUGUACAUUUACUCCGAUUUUGUACAACACAGGGCUUUCCUAUCAGCCAUACAGUAUACUCAAAAUAUCAGUAAAUGAAGGUGAAAGUUGAAAGCAUUAGACUUUGUCCUGAUGUAGUGCAUGAUAUUUGUUGUAGAAGAAUAUGGCUGAUUGGACAGCAGUGUGCUGUCUGUGAUAUUCGAUAUUUUCAAAUACAUUUUAUUAUUUGUAUUCAACACU